CAGCUGCGGGGACAAGAUGGAGGUGAAAGACGCAAAUGCUGCAUUGCUAAGUAACUUUGAGGUGUACCAGUUACUUACUGAUCUUAAGCAGCAGCGCAAAGAGAGUGGAAAGAACAAGCAGAGCUCUGGCCAGCAGAACCUCAACACAAUCAUGUAUGAAACGCUGAAGUACAUUUCAAAAACACCAUGCAGAUAUCAGAGUCCUGAGACUGUAAGAGAUUUCCUGACGACAAUGAAAGGCCAUAAGCUAACCAAGGCAGAAAAGCUGCAGUUGCUUAACCACAGGCCCGUAACAGCAGUUGAAAUACAGCUGAUGGUAGAAGAAAGCGAAGAAAGACUAACAGAAGAGCAGAUCGAAUCGCUUCUCCAGACAGUCACCAGCAUUCUGCCAGGGGAUCCGGAAGAGCAGCGGAGGGAAUCACCGAUGGCUACUGAAGACAAAGGUGACCAAGAAUAGAAAGAGUCUAGAGAAACCUGGUCCUGUCUUCGGCAGAAGAAGCUCAGUUAACUUAUAUUCUGUUAUUUGAUGCAGUUUAAUCUUGUACUGGACAUUAUGGUACAAUACGUUACAAUUCUUCUUGCUCAGAAGUGAUCAGAGAAACAAUUGUUGACAAAACAUGGAAAAGGAGGCUCUUGCUUCAGCAUUUUGUGAAGAAGGAGAAUGAUAGUAAUUUGGUUAGUAACAUAGCAGCCUGAGAAAUUAUGGGGCACAGAGUCUGAAGCUGAGGCCUUUUUUUCCAUCCCCCAUAUAACAGCUGUAGAUUUCAGUAGACUUGCAUACAGCUGGCAGUGUUUAAAUUAUCACAGUAGUACUGUAAUUAUAAUUGCUUUCAUAUGCUUUUGAAUUGCCCAACUGUUUUUCAGAAUGCAGUUUACAAUAUAAAGCCAGUUUUUGGAGCUCUUUGUGAAAGGAGCUGCUUUCAGCCAUUGUACAUUGGAUAAUGUACAAGAACUGCUAUCUGUUCAGACAAGUUCAAGUCAGCUGAUGGAGUCAUGGAAAAGAGAGAUCUACGUAUGAGGUAACUGUUCUCAAGGAUACCUGACAAUCUAUAAGUGAUAAAAGAUAGGUCUGAAUCAUCAGCUAAAUCAACAUAUUGCCACUGAGGUGCUUUGAAUUAGACCAGUUCACCCCUUGAGCAUCUAAACUGUAAUGUUAAGCCUCUUAGUCAUACAAACAAAAGAACAUUUAAAAAUGAGAUGUGUAUUUUCCCUUUGAUUUUUUUUCUGCCUUUUCAAUAUUUAGAUAUAGAUGAGUCACAGUCAGUCUUUCAUUCCACUUGAACAGUACUGUCCACCAUCGAAUAAGAAAAUAAGUCAAUAGUUAAGUGAAACCUCAUCUGGUUUAGGAAAAACAAGGUUCAGUCCUGGCUGAAGCAGAACUUUCAGGAAGAUUUCAGGUUAAGUAUAUAAUGUUGAAAGCAUUUUUUGAUUAUGAUAAAUCUUGUUUUUAUACACAUCUGUGUGCACACAGUCAUAUGUUAAAUGGCUCUGGUUUUCUACUGUAACUGUGCAAUUGUAUUGGAAUUAGAAAUAAAGUUGGAAAUACAUCCUGGGAAUUUUAUGACUUAUAGGCAAGAUAUAAGAGCUUGAAUCAGAAUAUCUGACUACAGA